AUGAAAACUGGGGACUACAAGAGUUACGACGAAAUCUUCAACUCUUGGCUUCGAGAGGGCAUUAUAGAAGAAGUGAAAAGAGAAGAUAAUUAUGCAGGGGUGCAUUAUCUGCCCCACCGCCCUGUCUUCAAGCCAGAGAGUGAGACAACGCCAGUGCGCCCAGUUUUCGACGCCUCGUGUAAAGUGGGUCGAGCUCCUUCUCUAAACGACUGCAUGGAGAAGGGCCCCAAUUUAAUUGAGUUGAUCCCGGCAAUCUUGCUAAGAUUCCGGGAGAAGAAGAUUGGAUUCGUGUCGGACAUCCGAAAGGCGUUCCAGAUGAUUAGUGUGGAUGCAGCCGACCGAGAUUUCCUCCGCUUCUUAUGGUGGGAGGACGAAGAAAAGAAGAAGUUGAAGGAGUUUCGACAUUGUCGUGUGGUUUUCGGGGUAAAUUGUAGCCCCUUCAUCCUUGCUGCGGUGUUGAAGCAUUUGUUGGAUUCGGUUAAAGGGGAUCGGAAGUCACUUGCAAGGAAGUUGAUCUCCUCUCUCUAUGUGGAUAACUGUGUGGCGUCAGUGGACACAGUUGAAGUAUAUGAAGUAUUCAAGAAACAGGCAACUGAGAUUAUGGCCAGCGCCAAGAUGGAGUUACGACAGUGGGAGUGUAGUGCCGUGGGGGCUCCCGAAGUCGGCCGCCCUGCCAUGAGGGGGUGCGGACUGGGGGACGAUGGUGGCUGCACUCCACAGGAUUCUAGAAAUACUGCGACAACAAUGGUGCUGGGCCUAGUAUGGAAUAGAGAGAGGGAUAGCAUUGGGUGCAACUUCGCGAAAUUAGAAAUAGCCGAGAAACUGACGAAGAGAUGGAUUCUGUCGUGCGUGCAGAAAAUAUAUGACCCCAUUGGAUUCACUUGUCCGGCGACGCUCAAGCCGAAGUUAAUUCUCCAGAAGGCCUGGGCGGAGAAAAUGGAAUGGGACGCAGAGUUGCCAAGUGAAAUUGUGGAAAAUUUUAUGAAGUGGUAUGAGGAGUUGCACUACUUGGCGAAAAUCGAGAUACCACGUUGGAUUAUGGGGCAGCAGGUCAAGAAAGAUGAAGAUAUGCAGCUUCACGUCUUCUGUGACGCGAGUCAAGACGCGUAUGCUGCCGUGGUAUUUUUGAGAUCGGAAAAUGAAGAUGGAGCAGUGACCGUGCAACUUCUUCAGGCGAAAUCCAGAGUGGCGCCGCUGAAGAAGUCGACAAUACCGAGACUGGAGUUACUCGGGUGUGUCAUUGCAGCCCGACUUUACUCAUCAACAAAGAAAGCAUUGGGCAUGGGAGAAGUAGCCAGCUAUUUCUGGACCGAUUCAACGACCGCCCUGUCCUGGAUAAAGAGGAAUGAUGACUGGGGGACGUUCGUUGGGAAUCGCGUCAGAAAUAUUUUGGAGUUGACGGAAGCUGAAAAUUGGAGACACGUUCCGGGGGUGCAAAAUCCGGCGGACCUGCCGUCGCGUGGAUGCGACUCUCGAGAACUUUUAGAGUCAAAAUGGUGGGAGGGACCAAUCUGGCUGAAGAGGCCGAAGGAAGAUUGGCCCUCAGGAGACGCCAUAGUAAACGAAGAAAUGGUCAGAGAAGAAAUGAAGAGAAGUGCCACGACCACAUUGGUCAAUAUCGAGGAAAAGAAGACUCCUUGGUACGCGAGAGCAUCAUCCUCCUACCGGAAGAACGUCCGAAAUGUGGCGUGGCUGAAAAGACUUGUCAAGCGAUACCGAGGAGAAGCAGUAGAAAAUAAAGAGAGUGACUUGACAGUGUCAGAAUUUGAAGAUGCGGAGAGACAUAUUUUGAAGCUGGUGCAAAUGGAGUCAUUUGAAGAUGGAGUUGGAGUGAUCGCCGGUUUGGUGGUGGAGAAAGACACCGAAGGGAUCAUCCGUGUCAGCAGCAAGCUUCUCCACAGUGAACACGGGGUGGCAUUCCGUCGACCCAUUUUGCUACCAGCGUCUCAUCCCUUAGUAGAGCAAAUGAUUAGAGAGGAACACGUCAUGAAUGGUCAUGCAGGAGCGCAAUUUAUGAUGGGACAUUUACGAGAAAGAGUGUGGAUUCUGAAGGGACGAAAGACAAUUACGAAGGUCAUCUCUAAGUGUGUCGUGUGCAGGAGAUUUGCUGCAAAGAAAGUGGACGUCCCGCCAGCAGCACUACCCGCCGAUCGAGUCAAUUUAGUGAAAGUGUUCCAAGUGACCGUGUACCGCUGUGUACAUCUUGAGCUGGUCACUGCACUCAGUACGGAGGCGUUUUUAUUGGCAUUAGAGCGGUUCAUCUCAAGACGGGGUCGACCUACAACGCUCUACAGUGACAAUGGCACGAAUUUCGUGGGUGCCGCCAACCUGUUUAAAGGAAUGGAUUGGAAAAGGAUUGUGAAAGAAACCGGAAACAGAAGAAUCCAGUGGAAGUUCAACCCUCCCACGGCAAGCUGGUGGGGAGGGUGGUGGGAACGCCUAGUGAGAAAUGUGAAGGACUUGUUGAAGAGAAUGUUGGGGAGCCGUAGAUUGGACUAUGACCAGCUCCAAUCUUGUGUGUGUUCGGUGGAGGCGGUCGUCAAUGGAAGACCUCUGACCUAUGUCACAGAGAAUGGUGGUGACUUGGUGCCUCUCACUCCUGCAAUGUUCCUGCAAGAGAUUAAGAGCAGCGCCUUCCCAGAAGCAGAAUUAUUGUCAGGAGACGAAUUACGGAAGAAGUCGAGGGGAAUUGUCGUCCUGAGAGAGGAAUUGAGGUCGAGAUUCCGGAAAGAGUAUUUAUCUCUCCUUGUGCAAAAGUCAAGCGAGAGAAAGUUGGAAGAUUUGCGCGUUGGGGAUGUGGUCCUUGUGGGCGCUGAUGGGAAGAAGAGGCUGGACUGGCCUAUGGCGAAGAUUGUGGAGUUCCUGCCAGGAAAAGAUGGAAAAGUCAGGCUCGCGAGAGUGAAGACGUUGAACGGGAUCGGGAUUCGACCACUGCAGCGGCUUUACCCACUGGAAGUCUCAUCGGAAGUGGAAGCCGAGACUUUGAAACCGGAAGUGAAAGUGAGAGCAGUGCAAGAAGCUCUGAAGACGACGACAGAAUUGGAACCAGUCCAGAGAACGAGACAAGGACGAGAAGUAAAGAAGCCCGUGCGUUUUGGAAGUGUUUCAUUUAUGUAA